GGUGGUUUUGCUAAUACUUAGUACUUCAGAGGGAGAGGGGGGUUUUAGUUAUUGGAGCGAGAGUUUGCUUUAUACUAUCGACUUGGUUUUUUUGCUGACUACAUAGGUACAUAUUCCCGGUAGUUGCAUGGCUGUUUGAAACACUGCUUGCAAUUGUCUGGUUGAUAUUGGAGUUCCGGGUGAGCACUUAGUCUAAUUCUUGCUUUUUCCUGCUCGACUCCAUCUUGGGUCUCUGGUCUCUGGCUACAUAUUUGUUCUUCUGGGGCCCGUUGGGCGCAUGGCCAUGUUCACGCCGGUUCACACCUCGUUGGGAGCCCUGUUGCUCUACCAGGGCUCGUCGGGGCUGCUCUUGCACAAUGGCGCCGUCUUUGGCAUCUCGUCCUUACUUGCGGGCAGUCUUCUGCGUCCAAGCUGGGAGAAUGUGCCCAUCAUCGCCGGCCUCGUGUCUAGUCUCGUCCCGGUUGCGCUGUUCAUGCCCUCGUUGAUCCCCGCGUACCCCACAGCGCCGGACUCGUGGACCGCGUUGCUGUCGACGCUGGCUACGGGGUUUCUGCUGGGCUGGGGGACCAAGAACGGGCGAGGCUGUACAUCCGGCCACAUGCUCUGCGGCGUUUCGCGACUGUCACCGCGCUCCUUCAUCGCCACCGCCAUCUUCUUCACGACCGCCUUGCUCACGGCCAAUUUCUUCCCCACAGGCCAGGAUCUACAAGCAUGUGCGGGCGGUCUGCCAUGCUAUCUGCCUGUCUAUCCCACUGUAGCAGAGUCGAGUUUCAUGGUGGUUGCGACGCUGCUGACCUUCGCGACCAAUUGGGUGGCCGUUCCGCGCAUCCUGAAACGAUCCCACAGGUCACGCGCGAUCUUCGCCUAUCUCGCCGGGUUGCAGUUCGGCACAGGGCUCUUGUUUUCAGGAAUGGCGGAUUCGGAGAAGGUACUGCGGUUUCUCAUCGGCAUCACGAAACCGUCACGCUUUGAUCCCUCGUUGGCCUUGGUGGUACUCUUCGGAAUCAUUCCGUCGAUGGUGGCUUAUCGGUCAAGGGGGCCGAGACAGGAGAAUAAGCGGGGAUCGGACGGCCCCAUGGGAGGGAUGUCCAAACCAACGCUAGCAGAGACGUGGAGAUUGCCCACGGCCACGGUGGCGGAUAUAGACUGGCGUUUUGUGACAGGAUCUGUGGUAUUUGGAAUGACUUGGGGGUUGCGGGGCGUCUGUCCCGGCCCGGCCGUGCUUCGGUCCGCGGUGCAGCCAACUUGGGGAUUGGCGGAGAUGGCUGGGUAUGUGUUGGGAAAUUUAGUGUAG